AUGUCACUUCAUAUUUCUACCCCCCCCUUUCGCACGUCGACCCACAACCUCUCCCCCUCUUCCUCCCGUCGGUCUUCCAGUCUGGAGCACAAGUACUUUCGCUCUCAACCCAUAGCGACCCACCAUGGCUUCUCGCCUCUGUCGUCGCAGAUUUUCCUGCGCGUAGAAGAGGAGAGCGAGCGACGGGCGCAUGAACGUGCCGAAGUCGAGGCUCAGCAGUCGAAUGUCGCGUCGCCAAUGACUACGACGGUGGUCAGAGACAGGCGACGCGGUAGCGUGUCAGUCUCUCGUUUUGGUCAGGGAGUGGAGAACACCAUCGAGAACAAGCCAAAUGACACUCUUUCCUCUGUGGCUUCAUAUGUCACCCGAAAACCGACGUUCUAUCAGGCGGAUUCCAAUGUGCAUGGCAGCGCGGACUCGCUCGCGUCCGCGACCGAUGGUGAUUUGCCGCAACACGACCAUACGAUCGAGGAAGAGCAGGUCGUACAAAUGGCUACGAUCGCCGGCAAGCAGUCGCUCUCCAAGGCGUUCUCCCGCAAGCUGUCUCGCAGUCGCACACGGUCGCGCGACGUUCUGACUAGUAGCUUCGUCAUCGGUGUUUCCGUUGAAGAGGCUACUGUCGAGACGGAGGCUGAGGAGGUGUACUCUGCCACUAGCGUCUCGUUCGCCCACGCCCACACACCAGGUGCCCUGCGUCCACAGCGCUCAAAGAUGAGUAUAGUCGACCGGAGCGAGCGCGCGGGAUGGAUGGACAAGGCGCGCGAUUUGACCCAGAAGUUCCGGCGGCGUAGCGCCGCAGCCCUCACACAACAGGAGGCGGGCCGGUGA